AUGUUCAUCAGUUGCGCAAUCCUGUUGUUGUCGCUGCUGCCAGCCCCGGCGGAGUCCACCAAUAACCAAUUCAACGACCGCGGUGGCAGUGCUGCUGAAUCUUCUUCCUCCGAUGCUGUUUACAUAGUGUAUAUGGGUGCAGCAAACCCAGUCAACUUUGCUGCCAAGGAAACGGUCCUCAACUCUCUCCUUCAAAGCGGUGGGAGGCGGGAGACGGACGUUUUGAGGAGUUACAGUCAUGGGCUAUCGGGCUUCGCGGCCCGUCUCUCGCCGGCGGAGGCCCAGUCCAUAGCAGCCCAACCAGGAGUAGUCUCGGUGUUCCCCGGUUCCAACUUGAAACUCCACACCACAAGAUCCCGGGACUUCCUCCAAGAGUUGCAGAGUGAAUCCGACGCCGUUCCGCCGCCGAGCAGCUGCCGCAGCAAGAAACAACCCGACAGCAGCAACAUUGUAAUCGGAAUCUUCGACUCCGGGAUAUGGCCCGAGUCCGAGAGCUUCCGACUGCAAGGCACCAAUCACAGCUUCCCACGUGGAUGGAAUGGUACCUGCAUGACCGGAAGAAACUUCAACACCACAGCCUGCAAUGGGUACGUAACCGGCACCGCCCGGGGAGGCUCCGAGUCCGCGAGGAUUGCAGUGUACAAAGUGUGCCAGCACGGAGAUUGCCCGGACUGGCUUCUUCUCGGCGCGUUCGAUGACGCAAUCGCCGACGGCGUCCACGUCAUUUCCCUCUCGCUCGGCUCUGACAAUUCCGGAGACUUUCUCAGAGACCCGCAGGCCCUCGGCGCCUUCCACGCCGUCGAGCACGGGAUCACCGUCGUUUGUGCCGGUGGAAACAGCGGGCCCCGCCCCUCCACGAUUUCCAACGAUGCGCCGUGGAUCAUAACGGUGGACAGGGCUUUCGAAUCCAACAUCCUCCUGGGCGGAGGCCAAGUUGUGAAGGGGGAAUGGAUAGGGGUAGACGGUCUGAUCAGUCGAUCGCCGAUCUACCCGCUGAUAGAUGGCCGAUCAGCAAAGAAAGGCAAUGUCUCCUUCGCUGCGGCAAGAAGUUGCGAACCCAAUUCCCUGAGCAAAGAGAAAACGGAAGGCAAAAUUGUGAUCUGUGACGUUAAAGACAGCGGUCUUGAGCCCGAGUACGAGGACCAACUGCGAGAGGUGUUGUUGAAGGGCGGUUUAGGUGUAAUA